AUGAAUGUUGUGUCAACAGUGCUGAACCGGCUGAUUACAGCCUUGCAUUCAUUCCUGGUGGUGCUGGACAGUGAGAACCUCAGCUAUAUCGCUCAAGCCCAGAAGAUGUCCAUCUCAGAACUGCUGUCAAAGCUGAAAGACACCCCUGUUGAGGAUGCUGAGUAUAUGUUCAUGAGCUGUCCAUCAGCGGCCCCAAGCAACGAUCUCAGGGAAACCCAGAUGUCAGGCACAGAUGGCCUUUUCCAGUCAGGACCAGACCCGGACUCAGCCAGGGAACCCUCGUCCUCUGCAUCCCCCGAAUGGCUACAGAAAGGGAACCAGGGGCCGGCUGUACCCCUUCAUCCGCCAGAAGGUUUAGAUGAAGACUGCUACGAGGAGGCUGAGCCCUUUGUUUCAGUCAAUCACCCCACAGACAAAGGUGACUCAGACAGCAGUCACUACGAGUCAUAUGGGGAGGAAGAUGAGGAGUUUGUGAAAGACCGGGCCCCCUACAUCCAAAGGUGUGCCUCCCAGCCCUGUCUGCGGCCCACUCCCGAGUCACGCAUCUGUGGCUACCUGUGGAGGAAGAAAUGGCUGGGCCAAUGGACCAAACAGCUCUUUCUCGUCCGCAACAAUCUGCUCUUGUGCUACAAAUGUGCCAAGGACCUCUACCCUCUGCUGGAGUUGAACCUGCAGGGCUGCCAAGUGGUGUACAAGUACAAGCAUAACAAGAAGAUGCAGCACGAGCUUAAGGUGGUGGCUGGCUCUGACAUGGUGGUGAUUGGUUUCCAGAGCUGCCAGCAGGCGGAGGAAUGGAGGAAGAUCAUUGAGGAGGUGAGUGGAACCUCCUACUAUGAGCCAGAGUCCCAGAGUUCCUCAUCGUUACUCAAGUGUGACAGACUAGACUCUUGCAGGUCAAACACAGUCAUACACACCUCCGACUCUGAUGAAGAGAAACUGUCCAAGCUGCCCUCUGCUCUCAGCAGUGGGGAAAUGAAGGAUAAAGGGUUUCUAAAUGUGCUAAUGAACUGCCAGUGGCAGAGCCUGUGGUGUCAGGUUGAGGGCGGGGUCCUGAAGAUGUACCGAGACAGGGGCUGUGAAAAGAGCCCCCAGUAUAUGGUGCCAUUGAGAGGCUGCCAGGUUCGACCAGACCCCGACAUGCCUCAGGCCUACCGCAUCACUGUGGUCCAACACGGAGACCAGGUGGCAGUACUGGAGGCCGGCUGUGCAGAUGAGAAAGAACAGUGGGUGCAGCUCCUGCAGGAUGGGAGUGUAAGUCACGGUCAGGCUGACUCUCUGUACCACCAUGGAAUCACCUCAAAGCCUGCUGGAACACUGAGUGGUUUAAAGGAACUAAGGUUCCCAACCUCAAACAUGUACAUCGACGACUCCUUUCACCAGCUCUGUGGAAGUGGCAAAUCGCAACCCAUCUACUCCAACACAGCCAUACUGGAGCACAUGUUCCAGAAUUCCCAAAAUGUUGCCAGGGGAGAGUUGGUGUCAUCCAAGGAUUCAGUCGACUACAGCAACACUGAAAUCUUUAACAACCACAGUAGAAAAUUGUGUGAGGUGGAGCUGGGGGUUCAGGAACUGGACCUGACCGGGAAGAGGUGGUUGCAUCUAAGAGCUGGAUCAAAGAUUAACCUCAUCACUGCACGGAAGACAAUCAAACGCACCUCUUUCAGGCAGUCUCUGGCCUUCUGUACAGAACGGGCACAGGGUGGGUUAUUCAAUCCAUUACUGCGACGAACAACCUCCGCUAAAAACUCACUGAAAAGAGCCCCUUCCACCCUAUUUAUUGAGCAUGGCAAGGUGUUUCAGAGAAAUAAGGAGUGGGAAACAAAGGCCUUUACUUGAUACUGGUCAUUCUGGUAACAAUUACCUUGUACUGUACACAUUCCCUGACUUAUAUGAAGAGUUUAAUUUGCAAAUGUUGUACUGUAUAUCCAUUUUCAGAAAUGUUGGUAAAUUAGCUUUUAUUGUUUAAAGAAAUUAUGAAAGCGACUGGUUUGUUUUUUCACGAUCUAAUCAUGGCAUUGGGUGACAGAAAUGGAUUUGUUUAAAAUCUAUCACUUCAUUGUUUCAUUUCAGAGAGACAAAUAAUCAUAUUAUUUUGCUAAAUGUUAUAUAUCCACCUUACUCUCAGAGAAAUAAGUAGUAUAGCACACACUCACAUACAGACUCAUAUAUGCACACAGUCCCUUUCUCCCCUUACCUUUCCUUGGUCUUUAUUUCUUAAAUUUCUCAGAAAAAAUUACAAUUUUUGUGGUAUUGCUUUGUGCACUGAUUUUACUGCUCUGGAGAAAACGAACAUUGUCGCUGGGUGAGUACAUCUGAUAAUGUGCUCUCCCGUCCAUUAGACAUUUUGUCUGCGGGAACUCCCUCUUUGUUACUCGGUCCACUCAUCCAAAUGCCGAUGCAUUUGUGGCAUGAUGUGAACAGUACGAAUUUGUGUCACUACCAAAGUCUAAUGGUUUAAAUUACUGUUUUGUAUUGUCUGGAAUCUCACUUGUAGAAUUCACUUGUAGUAGGUCUCUUAAAAAAGAGAAGCCGUGAAAGGUUAUUAAACAGAGGUGCCUAUAUUCUUCUUUGUUGAUAUCAGGUAACAUGCAACCUAACCCUGGCCCUGAUAUGCAAUGUCUCCAAACCCCCUCUGAUUUUAUGUUUCGUUCUGGUUUAGGUAUUUUUCAUUUAAAUGUACGCAGCCUGUUGUCUAAAAUUGAUGGGGAUAGGAUUUGGGCUAAAUCCACUGAUGCUGAUGUAAUUGUGUUUUCUGAAACCUGGCUCAGCAAGUCUGUUCCUGAUAGGGAUAUUUGUAUAAAUGGUUACAAUGUAUAUCACACUGAUCGAGUUAAGAAAGGUGGGGUGUGGCUAUAUAUGUAAUGACUACGUGUGGCAAAGUCUGAAACUAUUUGUAAACAUUUGGAAUUUCUUGCUUUGAAUGUUGAGUUUUCAAAGGGUCUCUAUAACUGUGAUUGGCUGUUAUAGACCCCCCUCUGCUCUCUGUGAUGCAUUUUCCUCUCUGAUGAACCUUAUGUCUAAACUUAUUUACAGUUAAAUGAUCUUGAUUGGUGAUCUCAACUGGUGUUGGUUAAAGCCGGUGUCUGAUGAUUUUAAAAUGUAUUGUAAUCAACUUACCCAGUUGAUUAACUCACCCACCCGUCAAAAUCUCAAAUGUCCACAAAAAUCUAUCCUGAUUGAUUUGACACAAAAAUAUGGAACAAAUGUUCCACAUAAAUAUUCUGUGAUUGGUGUUCUGUAAUGAUUUAAGUUACCAUUGUGCUGUUGUUGCUGUUAUACUAAGGUUCAUAAGACAAACCCAUGCUUUAUUUGUAAGAUCAAUGUUAAGAGUUUUAAUGAGCAGGAUUUUAUUCAUGAUUUGUUUGAUUUUGACUGGAGCUUAUUCCUGAUGUGAAAACUGCCUGAGUAUUCUUUCAUUAUGUUUUUUUCCAAAUAGUAAACAAGUAUGCCCCAUUCCGCAGGUUCAGAGUUAAAGGGCGAAAUAAUCCAUGGUUUUCUUCUGAGCUGUUCUUGUAUUAUUCACAAACAUAAUCUAGCCUGGUCUAAAGCAAGGAAAUCAUGUUCUGAUGCUGAUUGGUCUCUUUUUAGGCAGCUAUGAAACAAGUGUUCUUCUCUACUCAGGAAGGCCAAGUCUGAAUAUGUUAUGUCUAUUACCACUGAUAACCUGAAUGACUGUCACGCCCUGACCUUAGAGAUCCUUUUUAUGUCUCUGUUUUGGUUUGGUCAGGGCGUGAGUUGGGGUGGGCAUUCUGUUUAAUGUUUUCUAUUUAUUUGUGUUUGGCCGGGUAUGGUUCUCAAUCAGGGACAUCUGUCUAUCGUUGUCUCUGAUUGGGAACCAUACUUAGGUACCCCUUUCCCACCUGUGUGUGUGGGAGGUUGUCUCUGUUUAGAGCAUUUUGCUUGUGAGCUUCACGGUUUGUUUUUGUAGUGUUCAUUAAAUGGUACCCACAAAACACCAGUCUCCAUGUCAACAGUGAAGAGGCGACUCCAGCAUGCUGGCCUUCUAGUCAGAGUUUCUCUGUCCAGUGUCUGUGGUCUUUUGCCCAUUUUCUUUUUUGUUUUUAUUGACCAGUCUGAGAUAUGGCUUUUUCUUUGCAACUCUGCCUGGCAGGCCAUUAUCCUGGAGUCGCCUCUUCACUGUUGACUGGUGUUUUGCGGGGACUAUUUGAUGAAGCUGCCUGUUGAGGCGGCUGUUUCUCAAACUAGACACUCUAAUGUACUUGUCCUCGUGCUCAGUUGUGCACCGGGGCCUCCCACUCCACUUUCUAUUCUGGUUAGAGCCAGUUUGCUCUGUCCUGUAAAGGGAGUAGUACACAGCAUUGUACAAGAUCUUCAGUUUCUUGGCAAUUUCUCGCAUGUAAUAGCCUUCAUUUCUCAGAACAAGAAGAGACAUGAGUUUCAGAAGAAAAUUAUUUGCUUCUGGCCAUUUUCAGCCUGUAAUCGAACCCACAAAUGCUGAAGCUCCAGAUACUCAACUAGUCUAAAGAAGACCAGUUUUAUUGCUUCUUUAAUCAGGACAACAGUUUUCAGCUGUGCUAACAUAAUUGCAAAAGGGUAUUCUAAUGAUCAAUUAGCCUUUUAAAAUGAUAAACUUGGAUUAGCUAACCCAAUGUGCCAUUGGAACACGGAGUGAUGGUUGCUGAUAAUGGACCUCUGAACGCCUAUGUAGAUAUUCCAUUAAAAAUCAGGAGUUUCCAGUCAAUGACAACAUUAACAAUGCCUACGCUGUAUUUCUGAUCAAUUUUAUGUUAUUUUAAUGGACAAAAAAUGUGCUUUUCUUUCAAAAACAAGGACAUUUCUAAGUGACCCCACAUUUUUGAAUGGUAGUGUAUAUUGGAAUUUUAAUUGAUGAGAGCCUCUUUUAAAUUGUAUAUUAAACAACUUCCAAAAUUGAAGCUGAAGUUGGGAUAUUAUUUUAGUUGGGAUAUUAUUUUAAGGCCUGUUUUUCUUUUGAAACCAGAAGGGGGCUAGUAUCAGCUAUAUUUAGGCCUGUACUAGACUAUGGUAAUAUUUUAUAUGUGAAUGCUUAGUGUUUGAGAUCAGUUGGCCCUCUUUACCACGGAGCAUUGAGAUUUAUUUUAACCUGCAAAACCCUUAUGCACCAUUGCACUUUUAUGUUCCAGGAUUGUCUGGCCUUCUCUAGUUAAUCGUAGGCUCAGUCACUGGUAUACUUUUAUUUACAAAGCCAUUUUUGGGGUUACUACCAUUUUAUGAGGGCAUUUUUAUUGAUCAGAAAUGGGAUGGGUACUCUCUUCGUUCGCAGGACUAGCUGUUCCAAAUGUCUGAACUGAAUUUGGUAAAAGGGUUUUUAUGUACUCUGCGCCAUCGACUUGGAAUGCCUUACAAAAUCCUUUUAAACUGGAAGAACUUGUCCCAAUAGGUGUUUUUAAAUCAUUGAUAAAUAAGGUUGAUUUCCUUGACCUGUCAAUGUUUUUAAUUAGCUGUUUUAUGAUUUUGUUAGACUCCUGUGAAUUCUGUUUUUUUACUAGAUUACUUUUAGUUUUUCAUGUUGUCUGUCUGUAAUUGUGUAAUGACUUGGUGCUGCAAGUCUGGCCACGACGCUCUUGAAAAAGAGAUUUCAAAUCUCAAUGAGCCUUUCCUGGUUAAAUAAAAAAUAAAAUAAAAAUAUAUUUUUUUUGUUUACAAAUAAUAAUUCAAUACAGUAAUAUGCGAUCUGUGUGUAAAUCACUUACAUUUUAGUCAUUUAGCAGAUGUUCUUAUCCAGAGUGACUUACAGUAAGUACAUUCAUCUUAAGAUACAGUAGCUAGGUGAGACAACCACAUAUCACAGAUAAAUAUGCAGGAUAUGAAUGUUCCAUUCCAGCUAAAUCAUGGACAUAUAGCUUCUUACAAAAAAAUACAACUAAUUCUAAAAUCUAUGAACAAAUAAUCUGAGAACAGUAAUAAUUUACACACAGAUGAAGGUAUCCAUAAGGAAUCAUUUCUGAUUAAAAAAAACACAAAUGUGAAAAAUGUGUGGAUAUAGCAUUUUGGAAAUAAACUCUUCAUACACUAUAUUGCACUGAACAUAUUAUUUAUGUGCAUGUGGAUCAUACACCAGGUUUAGUCUUUUAUACAUUUUUUGUUGGGGGAGGGUACUUUUUAAUUGAAUACAUUGCUUGUUUGGGGUCUUUCCCUAUUUUCCUCUUUUCUACCAAGCAUGUUUGUCAUCAGAAAUGUCAUCUCUCCUGAUGAUAAUAAAAUAACAUAUCUGCCAAAUCCCAAAUGGAACCAUAUUCCCUAUUUAGUGCACUACUUUUAAACCAUGGCCCUUAGAGGUCUAGUAAAAAGUGGUACACUAUAUAUAUGGAAUAGGGUGCCAUUUGGGACAAACAAGUUUGUUUAUCCAUUUAAGAGAUGAAGUUUUCUUACCAAUACACUUUGCUGUUUUACAUUUCUGAAAUAUUUUGCGAUACAGUGACAUUUAUUUUAAUGUUAUGUUUCCUUAGAGAAGUUGUGUAUUAUUAAAUGUUUGGUUGGCCUACAAUUAGCUGUAACUGAU